AUUCUGAAGUAUCAAGCCUUGAAAGUUAAAGUAAGGCAAGUAUUAAAAUGAGUAUCUGGAUGUUUUGCGCAGUUAUACUAUUACAGACACGGGAGCAAGGUUUUGUUCACGGUGAUAGGUGUGGAAAUGCCGACUGCCGCACCCUAUCUCAGAUGACAGUAAAUGGGGUUACGCUGCUAUAUUGUCCAGAAGUGAUUCUGGGGGUGAACUGUGAUGAGCGAGUACAGUACUUCAUAACAAAAGAGAAUCAAUAUGAAUGGGAAGAUGAUAUAUGCCCAACACUGGAUAACGACUUGAGGUACGCCAUCGAUAGCGAAGAUGGGGAGAGGUACAACCAUAUGCGACAGGUAUCAACUGAUCAAAAUGCCUGGAUUGGACUUAGAAAGACCAAUCCAAACACGUGGGCGAAUAGUGUAUGGAUAGAUGGAACAGCUUAUAGUACGACGUGGAAUAGAUGGAAAGAUGGGAGUGAAACGACCGAACACAACUGCCUUGAAAUAAACGGCAACGACGUAUGGCACGCUCACGAUUGUACUAAUGAAAAGCAUAUUCUUUGCCAGAAAGUUUACAAAUGUGACGACCCAUUCCCUCACGAUGACAACGCCGUCAUAACUGACCUAAGUGUCGAUGAAUACUAUCCUAGUGUCAAAUAUCGUUGCAAUUCUGGGUUCUUCAUAGGAGCUAAUACGAACAUUGGAGAAGAAAUCAUACAGUGUAGAAAUUCUGUUUGGGGCAAGCACACUCAGUGUGAAAGUCCCCCUUGUACUAGUCCACCAAUCGAUGAUUUUAGUACUGUUUCCUUUAGCCCGGCAUCUUUAGUAGUUGGUACAAUUACGUGUAAACUUGGGUAUUCAAUUGGUGGAGGAAUGAAUGAAGAUUUCAGUGAAGCAAUGGAAUGUAUCUCUGGGGGUGUUUGGAAUGCGAGCCACAUUCUCUGCGCAAGAAGAUCAUGCGGACCUCCAGUAUCAUACUUUGGUGCCUCGGUGACAUACUUGGAAACACUAUACACGGAUUCAGCUGAAUAUAAAUGCAGUUAUGGGUAUAAAACGUCCGACGGCGUGGACUCAUACACGAUUGAAUGCUUACCCAAUGCAACAUGGAGCGACAGACCUAAAUGUGAACCUGAGGAAUGUGGGCCUACGCCACGAUAUGAAAAUGCAAAAAUUAUCUCCCACACAGGAACACACUUAAAUGAUACCGUCGAGUUUGAAUGUAACCCCGGAUUUGAGAUGGAUGCUACAACUGGUGAAACCAAGGGUGAUAUAUUAUGCCAGGCAUCUGGCACUUGGAGUGAACUUCUCGGUGUUUGCCAGCGCAAGAACUGCGGAGAUCCUCCCCAUGACAGCCAUGCUGUAACAAUAAUGACAAGUGGUACAUAUUUUGAGGAUUAUGCCAACUAUACUUGUUCACGUGGUUAUAGAAUAGGUCAAAACAGCACUGGCACGAUACACUGUCAGGAGGAUGGGUUAUGGGCCAAGCAUGCUCCGUGUUUGCCUGUAACAUGUUCUGAUCCUCCCACAGACCAAUAUGCGACAAUAACGAGGAAUGGACUAAGCUAUAAUGAUACAAUAUUGUAUACAUGCCACACUGGUUACUACAUAGAUGGACAUAUAAGGGCAUCCAAUGAAACACUAACGUGUUCUGAAUAUGGUCAGUGGGUUCCGAUACAUGCCCCAUGUAACCCAGUGUCUUGCGGGAAUCCUAUAGAUGAUCCUCAUGCAAAGGAAGUCGGGGAUGGUUCCCUUUAUAAUGACACAAUGAGAUAUGAUUGUGAUAUUGGAUAUGUACUUCCUGAUCAUACCAGUAUGAACAGUCGAAAUGUUAGUUGUCAUAGUAACGGUCAAUGGAGUCCGAUACAUGCCCAAUGUGAAUUGUUGUCUUGUGGAACUCCUAUAGAUGAUCCACACGCAAAGGAAGUUGUGAAUGGUUCCCUUUAUAAUGACACCAUGAUAUAUCAUUGUGAUAUCGGAUAUGUACUUUCUGACCAUACCAAUAUGAACAGACGAAAUGUUCGUUGCAAUAGUAACGGUCAAUGGAGUCCGAUACAUGCCCAAUGUGAACUCUUGUCUUGUGGAAAUCCUAUAGAUGAUCCACACGCGAAAGAAGUUGGAGAUGGUUCCCUUUAUAACGACACAAUGAGAUAUGAUUGUGAUAUUGGAUAUGUACUUCCUGAUUAUACCAAUAUGAACAGUCGAAAUGUUAGUUGUCAUAGUAACGGUCAAUGGAGUCCGAUACAUGCCCAAUGUGAACUGUUGUCUUGUGGAAAUCCUAUAGAUGAUCCACACGCAAAGGAAGUUGUAAAUGGUUCCCUUUAUAAUGACACCAUGAUAUAUCAUUGUGACAUUGGAUAUGUACUUCCUGAUCACACCAAUAUGAACAGUCGAAAUGUUCGUUGCCAUAGUAACGGUCAAUGGAGUCCGAUACAUGCCCAAUGUGAACUGUUGUCUUGUGGAAAUCCUAUAGAUGACCCACACGCAAAUGAAGUUGCAAAUGGUUCCCUUUAUAAUGACACAAUGAGAUAUGAUUGUGACAUCGGAUAUGUACUUCCUGAUCAUACCAGUAUGAACAGUCGAAAUGUUAGUUGUCAUAGUAACGGUCAAUGGAGUCCGAAACAUGCCCAAUGUGAACUGUUGUCUUGUGGAAAUCCUAUAGAUGACCCACACGCAAAUGAAGUUGCAAAUGGUUCCCUUUAUAAUGACACAAUGAGAUAUGAUUGUGACAUCGGAUAUGUACUUCCUGAUCAUACCAGUAUGAACAGUCGAAAUGUUAGUUGUCAUAGUAACGGUCAAUGGAGUCCGAAACAUGCCCAAUGUGAAUUGUUGUCUUGUGGAACUCCUAUAGAUGAUCCCUACGCUGUAGGAGUAGUCAAUGGUGUUCUCUACAAUGACACGGUGGCAUAUGAUUGUCAUAUUGGAUAUGUACUGUCAGACUUACCCCAUAUGAACAGCAGGAGAGUAAGUUGUCUUGGUGAUGGAACGUGGGAACGUCAUGAAUUAUGUACACCUAUUGAUUGUGGACCUCCAAUGAUUGAUAGUAACGCAUACGUUAACUUAUCGGGAAUAUUGUAUAAUAAUACUGUACGAUAUGAUUGUCGUACUGGCUAUAGGCUUGGAUCAUCAUUCCCCAAUGCAACAACCUACGUUGAGUUGAGUUGUCUCUCAAAUGGAUCAUGGAGUUACCACAUUCCGUGUACUCGAGUAGCAUGUGGACAGAGGCCAGAAGAUCGCCACGCUAAUGUUACUGCUUCUACGUAUAUCGAUAGUUUAAAUAGUGUUGACAAUCAAAAUUCACAAAGCCUGGUGUCCAAUCAAGACCUGUUUAAUGAUACUUUAACUUACUCUUGUAAUUUGGGAUAUCUUAUAAAUGGUACAAAUGAAACAGAAAAAACUAUAUCCUGUACUGAGACUGGUAACUGGACUAAGCACAAUGCUUGUGUUAGACGCUCCUGUGGCCCAUCACCGACUGACGAGAACGCCAUUGUGUUUUUUACUGAUAUUCCUUAUUUAUAUGGAACAAUGGCGGUUUAUCAAUGCAAUCAAGGUUACUGGAUAAAUGGUUCAACAACUUACAAUAUAACGUGUCAAGCUGAUGGAAGGUGGGGACAUCUGGUUCCUUGUUCCAUCAUUCCUUGUGGAAAUCCGCCUUUUGACAACUUUGCCAACAUAACGCUAGGUAGAACCAUCUUGGAUAAUAUCAGCGCGGGCAACAAUACAAACACAAUUCAGAAUAGGCCAUUCGUGUACAACGACACCUUGGUGUACUCCUGUGUACACGGAUAUACUAUACAAUAUAGUAACGCAUCAACUGCAACGAUAACUUGCGGAGAUGGAGGCCAAUGGAGUGAACACCAUCCUUGUGUGAAGGCAAAUACGUCCUCUUUUGGUUGUUCUUGUGGCACUCCUGAUGUAGAUCCAAAUGCCAUCCAAAGCCAAGUAAAGACCAACUACAAGUGUAUGGACGUCGUUAUAUUCAAAUGCAAGGAUGGCUAUCACGUUUCUGGCCGUAGUGAGGACAUAAUCGAAGAGCAUUUACAGUGUUCGCCGAAUGCCACUUGGUCAUCGCGAUCAUAUUGUAUAAGUGUGAAAUCCAAGUCCUGGGUCCGAGCAAAGAGAGUUGAAUACGAACCCGAGGAGGCAAGAGGAGCGGCAUUAAUGGGCUCAGUAGGACUUAUCGCCAUCAUUGCUAUGCUUGUUGUCGUCAUAUUAUCAGACAUUGAGAGGUUUCAUUCGCAAAUAAAACUUAUGUUACAAAACUUGUCGAUUGGCCAUAGAUUCCGGAGAAUGAGAUGAAUAUGAAUAAAGUUAGAAUUUGCGCAUUCCCUAAGUUGAAAUGUAAUAUAAAGUAUUAUAAUCAUACAUUCUAAAUAAAUUGUAACUUUUGAUAUAUAAUCGACUAUCUUUCAUUGAUACUCCUUUUUGAAUGUGUUGC